CCACCAGAUCCAAUUUCCUCAACUUGGCUUGUGGCUAUUUUCCCCAUUCCUCACGCCACCAUGGCGGAGCGCAGGAACAAGGCCAACAAGUUGGAUCAGUACGACUGGGAUGGCGAGGCCUCCGUGGAGACCGAGACGCCCUCGGAGGUGCCGAUGCCCAAGCACUUGAUGCCGCUCGCGCUGCCGGCGCCCGCCCCGAGCUCGGCGGAUGAGAGCAAAGGUGUGGAUGUCGUGAAUCGUAUCGAGGUCCUCGAAUCCGAGCUCCUCCAGCUGAAGAAGCGACAAGAGGCCAUGGAGCAAAAGCACCUGGAUGUGGAAGCCAUCCGUCGUGGUCAGCUGGACUGCUUGUCCGAACGUGUCUAUGAGGCUGAGAAGACCCAGCGUCAAGUUCAAGAACGGACUGACGAUGCCAUUGAGAAGGCACGGGCAGCUUUUCAAAAGACUGCCUCGGACAUGGAACAUGAGAGAGCGAACCUCAUGUGUGUCAUCAACCAGGUGAACCAGAACUUUGAGCACUUGUCGCGGGAAAUGGCGCAGCUCUCCGACCACGUGACCAGAACGCAGCAGGACCUUCUUCAGCUGCAACAGGAGGUGGCGGAGCGCUGCGUCGACGACGCCACUGGCUUUGCGCAUCAACUCGCGCAGCUGGAGGAGCACCAUGGUGGCCAUCUUCAUGAAAUCAGAGAAUCUCAGCAUUCGCUCUCGCAGCAGAUCCUCGAGAUGCAAUGUCAGCUGAUGCCAGUCGUGGAACAAGACCGAUCCAUGGGAAGCUUCAAACAAGAGGUGGGCGUCUACCUUGAGCAGGUCAUGCGACAGUCGCGAGAGUCAGAGGCCCAAUGCCGGAGUUUGGCAGACCAGCUCUCGCGCCUUCGCAAGGAGGUGUCAAUGAGCAUUGCCGAUGAGGUGAGACGCCACAUGAAGGAUUCGGCCGUUGAGGAUAGAAGACCGAUGGAUCCUCCACGCUCUUCCAUGUCCCACGUCGGGGCGGUACGAAGUGAAACUCGAGGACACCAAGCCAACCAGGUAACGGAUGAUUCUGCGAAGGUUUGGCUGGAUGCAGACAGGCCCAGCGUGGCUUAUGAUGAGCGCUUCAAGAAAAGCAGAGCCUUUCCGCAGGCGAAAGACUCGGAAGAGAGCGCGAGCCAAGACUACAGGCUUUUGGAGCUGCUGAUGGCUCAGGAGGACCGCCCCGAUCGCUCGAUCGGCUCCUCCGUGCGGAUGAGGGAGCCUUUGAGGUGGCCCUCAGCCGAGACGUCUGGCAUGGUAGGUUACCAAACCUGAGACCUGCGCCGCGUGUCAGCGUGAUGGCCCGAACCACUCCCAUCACGACCAAGUUGGUUCAUAAUACACCAGCCUUGGCCUAAGCCAUUGAUGAGCG